UUUCGUCCUGAUGGCAAGACAAUAUCAAAUGUAAUCUUUUCUUUUUUGUGUUUCACAGAAACUGGCGAUUGAUUCAAGAAAAUUUGAGAGAAUUUUAACAACAUGUCACAAUCUAUUAAACGGAUAAACUUCGUACCGCAAAGCCUAUCGGAUGAUAGCGAUCGGGACGAUGAUGAAGCAGGUGGAAGUACGAAGCCUGUUGUGGCUGAUAAAAGCGAUACCCCUGGGGAAGACACUCCAGUUGUUGGCAAAAAGCGGCCGCUGGAUGAUGAUUGGGAGGAUGAUCCUCCCUGCAAAGUAGUGGUGAAAGACAACCACACAGCAGUGGUUGCUUCACAUUACAACAAACUAGAGGAACGUGGUUUGUACGAAAGGACCAAGUCGAGGAUUUUUUACAUGAGAAACUUCAACAACUGGAUCAAAAGCAUACUGAUUAAUAAGUAUAUAAACCUAAUUAAGGAGAAAGCUGCCUUGGGGACGCCACUCCGAGUGAUGGAUAUGUGCUGCGGAAAGGGUGGAGAUUUGCUUAAAUGGAGUAAGGCCAAUAUCACACAUUUGAUUUGCACGGACAUUGCGGAAGUUAGUGUGGAGCAGUGCGAAGCACGAUAUAAGAGUAUGAUACAGAAAGGCGAUAGCGGUAAGAUAUUUACGGCGGAAUUUUUUGCGGCAGACGCAACGUUGAAGCGUUUGAGGGAGAAAUAUCGUGACGCGUCGAUUGAUUUACAAUUGGUUAGCUGCCAGUUUGCAUUUCACUAUAGCUUUGAGUCACUGAAACAGGCGGAGUGCAUGCUUAAGAACGCGGCUGAAUGUUUGAAAGUUGGAGGAUACUUCAUAGGGACAAUUCCGGAUACAAACGAGAUCAUGAAACGUCAGCGGGCCGCCGGAACAGAUUCUUUCGGGAACGACGUAUACAGGAUCUCAUUUCUCUGUGACACAGAGAAACCUCCGUUAUUUGGGGCCAAAUACAACUUUCAGCUAGAUGGUGUGGUCGAUUGUCCAGAGUUUUUGGUUCACUUUCCGACACUGACUAAACUCGCUCUCAAAUUUGGUCUUAAGCUGGUAGAGAAGAAAAGAUUUGACGAGUUCUACGAGGAAUCAAUUUCAACGGGGCGAGGAUUGAUCGAGAAGAUGCAAGCCCUCGAGACGUUUCCCGGUCAAUCGAGGGACGAUCAUGAGAGGCAGUCAAAUAGAAGAGAAUAUGCUCACGCAGAAAAAUUUUUAGAUCAGAAGGGGGGAGGAGGGAGGUUCGCAAAGGUUGGGACUUUGUCUAAAUCGGAAUGGGAGGCCAGCACGCUGUAUAUGUUCUUUGCAUUUCAAAAAAUGAAAACUAGUUGGGACAAAAACGGCAGACCAGUUUAUUCGUGAAUGAGGCAGGAUUUGCGGCGACGAGUAUUGGACCAGAUUGAAACGAUGAUAUGUAACCUUAUCAUAGGUUCAAGUUUUUCAAUCUUCACCAUGCGCAACUAUUUUAUUUCUUCAAUCAACAGAUAUAUUUAUGUCGUUGAAACAUAUUUAUUGUAUAAUUUGAGACGGGAAUGAAUUCCAAAAAAAAAUAAUAGGAAAUAUAUGAACGCAUUA